CAUGCUGUGUAUUUAAAUAUCCAAUCAUUUUGGGCAUUAAGGCCAGUGGGGCAGGGUCUCCCGACCCGAACGGUGCGCUUCUCGGCGAUUAAUGCCUGGCCGAGUCCCAGGAUGUGCGGAGCUUGGGUAGCAGAGGGCAGGGCGGGCGAUCCUUUAGUCAAUUCAUGCCCUCCUCUCGUUUCUAAAGCAUACGCCUACUAGCAGCCUCACAGUCCGCUGUCACUGCGGAAACGGCGCCGGCGAAGGGAGGCCUGUUUGUGGACGUGCCGAGAAGAGCGUCGUCCCCGGGCAUUUCUUUCGACGCAAGUUGCUGUUUCGGUACCGGGCGCUCUUGGCCUUGAGUGCUUUAUGAAGUCAAUACCUGGCAAAUGCCAUGUUUUUAAACUUUCUGACGCCGACGCAAGCCUCGCCGGAUUCACGCUGGGACAUCCACUCACACCUAAACGUCAUAAAGCCACCACUGAAUUCACGCUCACCAUAGCGACCUCUGUUUGUCUAACUGGUUCAGUGUCCGUCCCAUACUGACUCCGUUCGCGAGAGGACCCUCAGCUUUGUGUCGAGCAUCCUGACGUCCAGUGAGUGUACGCAAUGGCAUGUCCCAAGAAGGAUGCACAUAAAAAGGAGACGAGCGUUGUAGAACGAAGUGCCUAUGUAUCAAAUCCCUAUCUAUCGACAAUGAAAGAGGAUAUUUUGUACCAUUUUGACCUAGGUACUGGAACUCAUGAUCUUCCUGCUAUGUUUGGUGAUGUUAAGUUUGUAUGUGUAGGUGGAAGUCCAUGGCGAAUGAAGUCCUUUAGUCAGUACAUGAAUGAGUUUUUGGGAUUGGGAUGUGCCACUGCUGAUAUUCCUGAUAUCUGUGCCCACACUGACCGGUAUAGCAUGUAUAAAGUGGGGCCAGUCCUAUCCGUCAGUCACGGCAUCGGGAUCCCAUCGAUCUUAAUCAUGUUGCAUGAACUCAUCAAGUUGCUUUCCCAUGCCAAGUGCUCUGAUGUUGUUGCCUUUCGUAUUGGCACCUCUGGUGGAAUAGGUGUGCAGCCAGGUACAGUUGUGGUCACCAAAAAGGCGGUGAAUCCUUCCUUUAAUCCUGUCUUUGAACUGGUUGUAUUGGGGGUAACAAAGUCUUAUCCAACUACACUCAGUGAACCACUGGCUCAAGAAAUGCUUAACUGCAGCAAGGAACUUGGCAAGUUCGACACUGUCUCUGGAAAUACGCUGUGCACAUCAGAUUUUUAUGAAGGCCAGGCCCGUUUAGAUGGUGCUUUCUGCCACUAUACUGCUGAGGAGAAGAUGAAUUACCUGAAUGCUGCCUGUAAAGCAGGGGUUUGCAACAUUGAGAUGGAGUCAGCUGCAUUUGCAGCGAUAUGCGCCCGAAGUGGAUUACCAGGUGCAGUCGUCUGUGUCACUUUGCUGGACAGACUGCAAGGCGAUCAGAUCAGCAGUUCCCAUGAAGUGCUUUCUGAAUACCAGAUGAGGCCACAGAUGUUGGUUGCUCAUUACAUAAAGAAACAUCUCAAAACCAAAUAAUGUUACCUAUCCAUGUAGAUUCUUUUAAUUUUCAAUCUAGAACUUGUACCAGUUUUAACAUUUGAAACAUUUUCCCAUUUUUCGCACAUUAUUUCCGUGCUUUUUGGAUAUUCUAAGAAAAGUUCACAGGUAUAUUAGUUGCAAUGUAAUAUCAGAAAUUCAUGGUAAUUAGUUACAUUUUGUUAAUGUUAUUGGAUGGGAAAUAAAGAGAUUUAAAACAACA